GCUGGGGCGAUGGUCGAGGACGCGGACCCGGAUGAGUGGGAGUCGGUCGAGCUGGAGGAGUCGAACGGCGACGUCGUGCUGAUGGAGCCCAUGGAUGAGGGCAUCAGCAUCGAUCAGGCUUCAAACCUGGCAGAAGCCCUUCGAAGGAUGGUGGUGGACGAGCGCGCGACGGUCGAGGAGCUGAGGGAGCACAUAGGUCGGCUUCGUGAUGGCGAAGCGCCAGAUGCGCA